CUGUAACUUUGCUUUUUCUCCACUCUCUAGAAUGGGAGUGAGUUCAGGUGAUGGCUUUUCAAUUGAUGGAGUUUGAUCGCCCAUACCACUUCCUUUCAAAGGCAGUUGCAGUGGUGCAGAAUGGCGGACCUCAGUCUUGUAGAUGCAUUGACAGAGCCACCUCCAGAAAUUGAGGGAGAGAUAAAGCGAGACUUCAUUGCCACACUGGAGGCCGAACCCUAUGAUGACACUGUGGGAGAAACUGUGGAGAAGACUGAGUAUAUUCCUCUCAUGGAUGGUGAUGAGAAAACUGGGAACCCAGAGGCCAAAAAGAAACCAUGCUCAGACACUAGCCAGGUUGAAAGUAUUUCAUGUUCUAAACCAAUGCUUCUAGCCAAUGGUGAUCAUGGAAUGGAAGGGAAUAACACUACAGAAGCCUAACGUGUCUCUCAACACUGGGGCUGCCGCAACACCAGACCAGUGAUCUUUCCUAAGCACCGUUACACUUCUAAAACCUUCAGCAUUUUGCAGCUUUGCUUUUCCUUCCUGGACACCAUGUAGAAGAAACUGAGGGUAGUUCUUCGGGGCCUCUUUCGGCUGAUGCCUGAACAAGCCACCUGCUUCUUGU